GCACAUUGCUCGCUACUCCAAAACUGGUGCACUUUUUCGACAGAUUUAACUCUGCGUGAUGUCCUCUGCGUCCAGCAAGCCGAAGGUGCCUGCAACUGUAAACUCUGGACAGAUCCAGGUGCAGAAGAAACUGGGGGCCAGUUGCUUUGGCGAGGUGUACAAAGGAUUCAACACCAACACGAAGGAAGAUGUUGCGAUCAAAUUUGAGGUAACACACAAUGCGUCGCCGCAGCUUCGACACGAGGCUGAGAUGUUGAAUUUGCUCCGAGGGCCUGCAGAAUUGCAGGGUUAUGCCAAGUUCUUCCACUUCGGGCAAGAGGGCAAUUUCAAUUGCUUAGCCAUGGAGUUUCUGGGCAAAAGCCUAGAAGACCACGUUCAGAUGUGCGGUGGUCGGUUCAAACCAAAAACCGCAUGUCUCGUGGCUCAACAGAUCUUGAUGCGGAUCGAGUACUUGCAUUCGCGAGGUGUGGUCCAUCGAGAUAUCAAGCCCGAGAACUUCAUGUGGGGCGUUGGCCCCAAGCAGCACCAUUUGUACAUCAUCGACUUUGGACUUAGCAAGAGGUAUUGGGACAAGCGCCAUGUGCAGAGCUCUCAAAAGUUGAGUUUGACUGGCACAGCGAGGUACGCGUCCUUAAACGCACAUCGAGGCUUUGAACAAAGCAGGAGGGAUGACCUGGAGGCCAUUGGGCAUAUGCUCAUGUACUUCUUAAGAUCAGCCCUACCUUGGUCCGGCUUAGAUGCACGGACCAAAAAGGAAAAGUACCAAAAGAUCAAGGAAAAGAAGGAGACAACAAAGUUGUCAGACCUGUGUGAAGGUCAUCCAAAGGCCUUCGAACAAUACCUGGACUAUUCCCGCAAUCUGGGUUUCAAGGACCGUCCCGACUACGUGAUGCUCCGCAAGCUCUUUGCUGAUCUGCGGGAGGAGAUUCAGUCCGAAGAGGCGAAGCCCGUGAAGGAUUGGCAUUUCGAGUGGUUGGAGGGGAAAGAUGUAGGGACGCUGGAGCCGCUUCUGCCGUACGAUGAUCUGAAGCAGCCCGACGAUGAGCAGGACCCUCCGGAACGCCCGCGCGGUCUGUGCUGCUUCUGCGGCGGAACCAGCCGGGUGCGAACAUAGGAUUGCGGAGAUCGCUCAAAUUGUCGUUGACUGCAGCAGAACUUGUCGUUUUUUGAAAAAAACGUCGUCUCUUCGCGCCGUAGGCGCCAGACUUUUUGCCCCGGAAUUGUCGUGGAAGCCUCUCAAAGCUUCGGAGGUUCGCCGGAAGACCAACGCAAACAGCUCGUUUUGCGAGGAUCAUGAAAGCUAUGUUGCAACAGCAGUGUCCCGCACUGCGCAACACACAAGUGGUCCGAAUUCAGUGCAAGUGUCCACAGAGCAGUCAGAGAAGUUUCGCCUUACCAGUACUG